AUGCUACAAACAAUCAUGUUGGGAUUCACUUCCAGAGCAGCAUUUGGAAAAAACUACAAGAACCAAGAAAAGUUCAUAUCUAUAUUAAUUGAACUUCUUAAAGUGGGGACUGGCUUUAAUACUGCUGAUUUUUACCCUUCAAUCAAGUGGCUUCAAGAUAUAAGUGGUCUCAGGACAAAACUAGAGAAGCUUCACCAUGAAGUAGAUAAGCUACUUGAUGAGAUUAUAGAUGACCAUAUAUCUACUGACAACAACAACACAAGUAUGCAUGAGGACUUCGUGGAUGUCCUUCUGAGAGUCCAAAAUGAUGGAAAUUAUGAAAUAACUCGAAUCAACAUUAAAGCAGUGAUCUUGGACAUGUUUGCAGCUGGAACAGAUACUUCAGUUACAACUGUUGAUCGGACAAUGGCAGAAAUGCCAAAGAAACCAAGUGCCUUAGAGAAAGCACAAGAAGAAGUCAGGAGAGUUUUUAGUGAAAAAGGUUAUGUGGAUGAAUCAAACUUUGAUGAAUUGAAAUACUUAAGAGCAGUCAUCAAAGAGUCACUCAGGUUGCAUCCACCUGUCCCUCUAUUACUCCCAAGGCUAAGUAGAGAAAAAUGUAAAAUUGAUGGUUAUGAAAUACCACAAAACACUGAAGUUAUUGUGAAUGCUUGGACAAUUGGAAGAGAUCCAAGAUAUUGGGAAGAUGCAGAGUGCUUUAAAGCAGAGAGAUUUCUUGAUAGUUCAAUUGAUUUCAAUGGGAAUAAUUUUGAGUACAUCCCAUUUGGAGCAGGAAGAAGGACGUGUCCUGGCAUGUCAUUUGGUCUAGCAAAUGUAGAACUUCCAUUGGCUCUUUUCCUUUACCAUUUUGAUUGGAAGCUGCCCAAUGGGAUGAAACAUGAAGAAUUGAAUAUGAGUGAGGUAUACUUUGGUGUGGCAGUGAGAAGAGAACUUAAUAUGCAUGUAAUUCCUAUCGUCUCCAAGCCUGUGUAACAAUUUUAAAGGCAUCUAUAUAUCUUGCUCUUUCUAAUAAAGCUUUAAUCAUUGGUGA